GCCUACGAGGGCGUGAUGCCCAUCGCCUGGUGUCCGCCCUCGGGCUCCGACGACGGCCAGGGUGCCGCGAUUGUUAGUAAUGAGAGACUGCUGAAUCAGGGAAACAGUUACACCGUUUGGGAUGACCGUCAAGCUUGUAAACCAGCUGAGGAGCAGCAGUCGCCGGCUGAGCGAGCUACUCCGUCUGCGAGAGCAAACGGCAAGAGGACGAAAAAUUUCAGCGAUAAGGAAGAUGAUAUGUUGGUGCUGGCAUGGCUAAAUGUCAGCGAACAGGGUCGCUCUCCCUUUUGGCAGAGAAUACAUUCUUACUUCCACCAGAACAGGAACUUUGAGUCAGAUCGUAAUCAAAAUUCCCUCCAGCACCGGUGGUCUACCAUGCAAGAACAUGUUCAGAAAUUCUCUAGGUGUUAUGACCAGAUUGAGUCUACAAGCGGGAUGACAGAGAAAGAUAAGAUUAUUCAGGCAUUGGAAGCUUACAAAUCAAAAGAGAAGAAAGGCUUCGGUUUCUUGCAUUGUUGGAAUACCUUACACCUCCAUCAAAAAUGGACUAAUAGGUCAUCUCAGAAAAAACACAAGACAACCUCCAAUUCAAGUCCGGAUACAUCUGCUCUUGGAACCAACUCAAGUCGGCAUGAUGAUGAACUAGAGGCUCUUACUUUACAAGAUGAGCCCUCAGGCUCCGAAGACGGAAGAGACGGUGGCCACGAGCUCCGCGCCCAGGCCCUCGAGCAUGUAUUCCAGGAGCAGCAUCUCGACCAUGACUCCCAUAUCCAGGGUGCCUCAGUGAGUUGUAAUGGCAGCUUGUUGAAUCAGGGAAACAAUAACACAUUUUGGGAUGAACGCCAACUUUGUAGCCCAGGUGAGGAGCAACAGUCACCAGUUGAGCAAUCUAUUCUGUCUGUGAGAACAAACGGCAGAAGAACGAAAAAUUUCAGCGAUAAGGAAGAUGAUAUGUUGGUGUUGGCAUGGCUAAAUAUCAGUUUGGAUGCAGCACAAGAGAAUGAACAAACUCGUUCUACUUAUUGGCAGAGAAUGCAUUAUUACUUCCACGAGAACAGGAACUUUGAGUCAGAUCGUAGUCAAAGUUCCCUCUCGAACCGUUGGUGUACCAUUCAAGAACAUGUUGAGAAGUUCUGUAGAUGUUAUGACCGUAUUUUGUGUAGAAUUGGGAUGACAGAGAAAGAUAAGAUUGAUCAGGCAUUGGAAGCGUUCAAGUCAGAAGAGAAAAAAGCGUUUGGUUUCAUGCAUUGUUGGAAUACCUUACACCUCCAUCAAAAGUGGACCAACAGGUUAUCUCAGAAAAAUCAGAAGACAACCUCGCAUUCAAGUCUGGGUACGUCUACUCUUGGUACCAACUCAGGUCAGCUUGAUGAAGCGGAGGCUCCUAUUCCAGAAAACGAGCCCUCGAGAAGAGCAAUUGGUACCAUGGUGGAGAAAGAACCGUUACAGCGAGGUAAAAGUUCUGGCUUGCCAAGUGAUGGUAUUUACAUGGAAGUGGUAGAUAAUCCGUGGUCAAAAAAGAGAGAUGCGGAGGCUGUGCAAGAGCUCAAGAAAGACGAGCGCUUUGAACAAGCAUGCACACUAGACGAAGAGAGGAUUGCAAAUGAAAAAGCCAUGAUAGGGCACAAGAUGAAAAAGCUUGAAGUAAAAGAAAGAGAGUUAGAAUUCAAGAGAAGAAAGCUUGAAGUAAGGGAAAGAGAGUUAGAAUUUAAGAGAAGGUUGGAGGAUGAAAGAAUCAUGAAUGUGAACAUAAGUGCUAUGGCUGGGCCACUACAACAAUACUACAUGAGCUUGCAGAAUGAGAUUAUCGCUCGACGGUGCAAUAGCCCGGGUUGAGCUGCUUCAUCUGUCUGAACUUUAAUGUUAUUUUGUUGUCUGCGCUAUCAUGUUAUAUGAACUCUUAGGUUGGUGGAUGCUGUUGAUUGUUAAGAUUUAUCAUGUAACUAGCUGUGUUACGAUGACUUGUUAGAGCUUUGUGGUGGCAUCUACACUUUGUUUUGGUUC